AUGGCUAAACUCCACAUACUCGCAAUCAUUGCUCUCUCGUCGCUUCUCUCAGUAGUACAACCGCUGGCUCCCAGUCCGGGCCCCGUGGUCGCCCAAGUACCCCUCUCUCCGCCGCCGCCGCUCUCUCCGACCCCGACUGUCUCUCCUUCGCCGCUCUCACCGCCGACCUUUUCGCCUCCAGCGCCUCCGCCGUCCCCUCCCUCUCCUGAAUCGUCCCCGUCCCCGUCUCCGUCUCCGUCUCCGUCUCCAUCGGCGGAUGUGUCUCCUCCAUUGCCGUCGCCGCCCCCGCCCCCGCCGAGCACUGUCGGUUCCAAGAACAGCAACGCGAGCGCGAAUGACGAAUCGAAGGAUUCGCAAGGUGGAUUGACGAAAGGACAGAAGGCUGGGGCCGCGCUCGGAACCAUCGCCGCCGUGUGUAUCGUGGCGUUAGCAGCGAUACUGUAUAGGAAGAGGCAGCAGAACAUACAGAGGUCGCAGUACGGGUACGCAGCCAGAAGUUUAGCUAUUGUUAGUAUAUCUCAUUUUAGUACUUUUGUUGAACGAGGUGGAUGA